AAAACCCUCCGCCCAGGCCGCUUUGGAGAAGCCAAAGAGAGAAGAAGGCUGAGAAAGGGGGUUCCAAAUUCAAAACUUUUUACCACAUUUACAACCCUCCUUCCUCCCUGCUUCUCUUUUCCCUCUUCUUCAGUUCGAUUUGUGGGGAGCGUUACUGCUGCGCUCUAAUAAUGGCGGAGCCAAAACCAGAUAACGCAUCAUCUAAAUCCUCAUCAAGGAGGCUCCCAGAUUUCAAGCAAUCCGUUAAGCUCAAGUAUGUGAAGCUCGGCUACCAUUACCUAAUCACCCAUGGCAUGUACCUCUUCCUGACUCCAUUAGUUGGAAUCAUCGCCGCUCAAGUCUCCACCUUUUCUCUCCAAGAUUUAUAUGACCUAUGGGACCAUCUCCGCUUCAAUCUCAUCUCAGUCAUCCUUUGCUCCACUCUUCUAGUCUUCCUCUCCACCCUCUACUUCCUCAGCCGCCCAAAGCCUGUCUACCUUGUCAAUUUCGCCUGCUAUAAGCCAGAUGAGGCUCGAAAAUGUCCUCGCCAAGUUUUCAUUGAUAGAUCUCGGUUGACAGGCUCAUUCACUGAUGAAAACCUUGAGUUUCAAAAGAAAAUCCUUGAAAGAUCUGGCCUUGGUGAAUCCACUUAUCUUCCUGAGGCAGUAAUGAAUGUUCCACCCAAUCCUUCAAUGGCUCAUGCAAGGAAGGAAGCUGAGACUGUGAUGUUUGGUGCCCUGGACGAGCUCUUUGCAAAGACUAAGCUGAAACCAAAGGAUGUAGGAAUCUUGAUUGUGAAUUGUAGCUUGUUCAAUCCAACCCCUUCCCUCUCGGCAAUGAUUGUUAACCACUACAAGCUUAGGGGAAAUAUUGUUAGCUAUAACCUUGGUGGCAUGGGUUGUAGUGCAGGCUUAAUCUCCAUUGACCUUGCAAAGCAGCUCCUUCAAUCUCAUCCCAAUUCUUAUGCUCUCGUCGUGAGCAUGGAGAACAUCACCUUGAAUUGGUAUUUUGGCAAUAACCGUUCAAUGCUCGUCUCAAAUUGCCUUUUUCGUAUGGGAGGAGCUGCAAUCCUUCUAUCAAACAAGAGAUCGGAUCGAAGCCGGUCAAAGUACCAGUUGAUUCAUACGGUCCGAACUCACAAAGGAGCUGACGAUAAGUGCUAUACCUGUGUGACCCAGGAAGAAGAUGCUACUGGGAAUAUUGGAGUUUCUCUCUCAAAGGAUCUCAUGGCUGUUGCUGGCGAUGCUUUGAAGACCAACAUCACUACCUUAGGUCCUUUAGUCCUCCCCAUGUCUGAGCAGCUUCUGUUCUUCGCUACUUUGGUUGGUAGAAAGCUUCUCAAGAUGAAGAUUAAGCCCUACAUCCCAGAUUUCAAGUUGGCAUUUGAACAUUUCUGCAUUCAUGCUGGUGGAAGGGCUGUGUUGGAUGAGCUAGAGAAGAACUUGCAGCUCUCUGAAUGGCACAUGGAGCCGUCGAGGAUGACUUUAUACCGAUUCGGGAAUACUUCGAGCAGCUCCCUAUGGUAUGAACUGGCUUACACUGAAGCUAAGGGAAGGAUUAGAAAGAAGGAUAAGAUUUGGCAGAUUGCCUUUGGUUCUGGUUUCAAAUGCAACAGUGCUGUUUGGAAGGCUUUGAAGGCUGUGAAACCUGAAAAGGAGAAGAACCCAUGGAUGGAUGAAAUUGAAAACUUCCCAGUCAUAGUUCCAAGGGUAGCAGCAAUCAACUAAACUCUUGAUGCACUUUUAGUUAUCUCAUCAUCAAGAGUUUCAAAGAUUUGGUUCAUGAUUUAUUGUAUCCUAUUAGUUAAAACCUCUUCUCUCUUAUUUGUUUUUUUAAAGCUGUACUAAAAAAAGCUCAUUUAUGGACGUAAUCACAAGGGUGUAAGUUAGCAUCUUUCUUUCAUUGCCUCAGGGAGAAGAAAUGAGCUAAUAUUUAAUUAGCUUGUGCUGUUUCAUGGUGGAUUGAGGUGGUGAUGAUGAUGAUGACCUUCUUUGAUCUAUUGUAUUCAAAUUCACUUUCUAUUGUAGCCAUGAUUAAAA